AUGCUCUUGGUGGUUGGCACAGGAUGCGCUGCGGAGCAACCAGAGUUAGAGGAUAGUCCGACGCCACAGCCCGUAGAUGCUGCAGGAGGCAGUGGGCGUUCCUUUUUCUUUCUGGGCACUUUGUUUCGGCGCUGGCGCGAUCGCUGGAUGGCCUUCCACAAUCCGGUGCCACUCUAUGCCGGCUCUGCCUAUCCCAUCAAUGGCUACUACAAUUGCCCGCCCUAUGGCUGCAAUAGUGCUUCCUUACCCCCCCAGCCCAGUUACUAUCCUGGUGGAUACUAUCCUGGCGCUCUCCAGCAACAGCAGCAGCAGCAACAACAACAGCAACAACAGGCGCAAGGCAACAGCAAUGUUUUCAUCUAUCAGAGCGAUCAGAAUAAUCCAUCAGCUGUGCCUGGCGGCUUCUAUGGACCACCAGUGCCGCCGCCUCCACUCCCAGGUCUGCCUCCACCAGCGCCCCAAACACUGCCCAACUAUCGGCCGCCCAUACCUGGCUAUGGAUAUGGCUGCGGACCGACCACAUUCGCCUGUGCUGUUGGUUAA